CCACUCCACUACGUACGUAGAAGAGGAUGUCAAAAAUGGCUUCUUCGUGAAUAUAAAAAUUUGUCAUUUCUUUUACCAUUUACAAGAAGUGUUUGUAAUUUUGAAAUAAAUUUAUUGUCUCUAUGUGCUCCGCAUUCUUUUACCGUAGUACGCGAAACUAGAUCUCGAAAUUAAAAGCUUAUUAUUGGUAACGGCGGUAAUUAAUUACCUUAAGGCUUGUAGCAAAACUGAAAAAUGAGUAGUGAUGAUAGCGAUGCCGAACCCCAUCAUAAAAGAAAAAGAAAAGUUCAUCGGUUGGAAGACAGUCCGGAGAGUACUUCAAGCAGUGGUAGUCCUGUCAUAGGAUCAUCAUCGUCGAGACGAAGACGCGGUUUUCACGACAAAAAUCCCAUCAGAGAUUCCUCGGACUCUGAAUCGGACAGUGGCAGUUCAAUUCACAGACACAACAAAAGAAAAAAAGUCAGGAGGGUGGCAAGUGAUUCAGACUCUGAAAGCUCUGGUUCUACUGUCGUAAAAAGAACAAAGAAAGCAAGUCGGAUAGUGAGUGAUUCCGAUGCCGAUUCGGAGGUUUCGGAUAGAGGUUUCGAGGGUAGUUCCAGUUCACAAUGGGAAACAGACUUCUCUGACAUAGAUUUAGACAUGAAAGUGAAACCAGAAGCUGCGGUUUCGUCCGCUGCCCAGGACAACAACAUCGAUUCAGAUUCUAGCGACGGGCAGUCGGAGAAAUGUCCCAUAUGCCUGAUAUCGUUCAAAGUUCAGGAAAUUGGUACUCCAGAAUCAUGCGACCACAUGUUCUGCUUAGAGUGUAUUCAGGAAUGGUCGAAAAAUAUGAACACUUGUCCAGUGGACCGCCAAGAGUACAAUUUGAUUCUUGUACGCAAAAACAUCAGCGGUAAAGUGAUAAGACAGGUGCCGAUAGAAAAACCGGCUCCUCAAAACGACGUCGAUAUUGUGGAGGACCCUACGUUUUGUGAAAUAUGCGGUUCCAGUGAUAACGAAGACCAGAUGUUACUGUGCGAUGGUUGCGAUCUGGGGUUCCACUUGUACUGUCUGACACCCCCUCUGGACGAGGUACCGGGAGGUGCUUGGUACUGUAAUUAUUGUUCACCGGAUGACGACUAUACCUCUGAGGUUGAAUUGUACGAGAUACAGUUGAUGAUGGAUGGCCCGAACAGAAUGCAAAGGCCGCAGGGACAGCGCAGGAACCAGUCAGCUAGAUUAGUUCCACGUACAAGACAGACCGAGCGAGUGAGACGUCGAAUAGCGGAUAACCGCCAACAAAACCAUCGGAACGGGAGCCGAGCGAAUGGUCCUUCAACCUCUAGUCUAGAGGACUCCCAGCUUGUAAAUUCAGUCACUAGCAGCACGUCAAGAGUGAAACGUUCUGUGAAACACAAGAAAUCGAAGAGAAAACCUAAGAAACAGGUACGCUACACGACGGUCUAUGAGAUCGACGAGGCUACCGGCGAGACAGUGGCUGUUACAAAGCGACAGAAGAAGUACAAGAAGCGCAAAAAGAGAUAUUUGAGAACUACGAGAUCACUAGUUCGAUCCAAAACCGUGAAGAAGAGGUUAGCUGCGCAGUUGGGCAUCUGUGCUCCCAGGACCGUGCCCCAAAAUCUACCCGACGUUAAAAUUCAGAGCUCAUCAAACACUCUGGGCGGUCUCAGAUACCAAGCUGGAAUACCGCCUUUACAUUUGUUCGGCCAGAACAACCAGUUGGAUUAUUUUUCCGGCGAAGAAGAUGAAAACUUUGUGGGCGGAUCGGGUGUACAGUUACUGUCUGCGAGAGCUCCAAAUCGGUCCGACAUCUCAGCUAUGCGUAGGAUGGCUAGAAGAAAGGCAGCUAUAAACCUCACCAGUGCCGUUUCAAGUUCCACGGACUUACUAGACAGCAUUUUGAGCAGUCAAGAGCAGUUUCACUCCAGAAACUCCGCUUUCUCUGUGGAUUCCAGUGGAAGAUUCAUGAUUGAAAAGAAGUCCCGGAACAAUUACGUCGACGUAAAAGCACAACCGGUGAAGAUGAGGCAGAGGCCCAAUAACUAUCACCAGGGUGGCAGCAAUCCCAACCCGAACUACAACAGAUCCAAUCCAAAUAACUAUCAUUCCCAUAGCCUUUACCAGUAUCAUUCCACUCCUACGUCCACGAUGGAGUCUACGAGCACCUCCGGCUUUAGCGGCGGCGAUCUGAAUGAAGUACCUCAAGAUUAUACUCAGAGAACACUGUGCGCCUCUAGCGAAGCGAACACCCAAGAAAGAAAAGAUAAAGAUGACGACAAUACUGGCACAAACACGCCGAAUAGCGAAUCGGAGAUCGACAUUUACAGUGACAUAGAAACUGUCAGUACCAGCAAAAUCGACGAGUCCGAUCUAAGAACUACGUCUCCGCCAUUGAUGAUCCCUAACGUUCACAUUCCCAAUAUGGGUACAGAUGAGUACGACGACAACAACGAUAGUGAACCCGAUAUGGUGAUAGACGACGAGAAAAUGCAGGAGGCGGACAGGUGCCACGGAGAUCAGAAGGAAGAAACUGCGGUAACCUCAACCGUCGGUUUCAGCAGUGAAUUUGCACCGGCCGUUGUCGAGUCCGCCCCAGAAAUGCCACACUCUUCCAUGGAAAUACAGUCGGGUGCUAUACAGUCGUCUAAUCUGAUGGAUGGUAAGAAUAUCGAAGACGACGACGAUUGGACAGACGGUUGUCCGAAUACCAGCAUUUAUUCAAAGGAGGGCAUGGAAGCUUCAAAGGAAAAUGAAGACGUAGAUUCAGACGACGGUUGUCCUAAUUUUAGUAUUUAUUCAAAGGAAAGCAAAAGCUUGGCCCUCCACACAGAUAUAUCUUUAUCCGCGGAAGAUAACGUGCAGAUGGGACAGGAUUACCAAGUCGGCGAAGUUAGUUCCUCUCCGAACGUAGGAAUCAGUGAUAAUAUUCAAGAAAACGAGGGUGAAAACGUGGUGUACGAUUUCGAAAGAGAAGCUGUUCAAGAAAAUUUUCCUCCGGAAGAAAAUGCAGAGGAGAAUGUUACUUACGAAUUUGAGAAAGACAGUACUUUUCCGCAAGAGACCUCGGAAGGAAACGUAAUAUAUGAAUUUGAACGCUCUGUUGUUAAGGAGAGCGUUGAAGAAAAUGUCACGUACGAAUUUGAGAAAACCACCGACACUACGGACAUACAAGAUGAAGGAAACCAUUCAGUUUCUAAUCCUCCCAAUCCGGUAGUCCGAAGCAGAGUGGGAAUUGUGAAAAAACUAGUAAGCGGAGGUAUCCUUGGAGGUUUGUACAGCGAUUCCGAGGACGAGAGCAUGGUGAAGAAAGAUGGCAGUUCGUUUGCCAUCUCGGACAUCAAUCACAUGACCGAAGACAUCAGCGAAGAAGAAAGAAGCUACACUCCGUGCUUGGACGAGAGAGGGAACAGGCAAGGACUGGAGGGGUUGGAUACGGAACUGAUUUCAGACGAAGACCGUAACGAUUUCGAUGAAUCUCACGAACUUAAAACUGUCUCUGACGGAGACGCUUUGGAGAUAAACGCCAAAGAAUCUGAAUUGGACUUUACUAGGCCCGAAGAUUACGAAGAAGGAGAAAUCGUAGAUAAAAAUAAAGGCGCUAAAAAAUCGGAGGAAGCAGAAAAGAAAAAAGUUAAAGGCAAGACCAGUGCUGAAGAAAGUAAAGAUGGAAAAAAACCUAAGAAAAAAGAAAAAGAAAAGCAGCCUGCCGACAGCGAUAAAGGCGGUAAUAAAGAAAAUGAGGGCCAAAAUAAAGAAGCCUCCUUCAAGAAAUUAAGUAAGAACAGCAAAGAACGUAAUUACAGGGAUAAAGACGCGGACCGACCAUCCGGUACCUCAAAGGCUAAAGAAGACAGGUUGCAGAACAGAAAAGAUAAAAGGCGAGAAAAACGCAAAGAGCUGGAGAGGUAUAAUGUGAGAGCUAUUAUCGCGGAAAAGCCCCGCCCCUUCGUCAUCAAAGAUCAAUUCGGAAGGGAUAUUAGGCGAACGCCAUCCAGAUCAAAGAGCAAAUCGAAUACUCCCCCAAUUCAAGACUCUCCCCCGAAAGCUGGAACAUCUCCGUCGAAAACUAGACAGAGAUCGUUAUCCAAACGAAGAUCUAGAUCUUUGUCGAGACGUAGGUCAGCAUCCAGAGGACGAAACUCUGUCUCGAAGGAGAGGUCCCGCAAGAGAAGGCCUAGGUCUCGUAACAGAUCAGUGUCUCGUUCAAAGUCUAGAUCACCGAGAAAGAAGCGGUCAGGGUCUAAGACUAAAAAGAGGAAACGUUCCAACAGCAGAUACAAACGCAGGAAAUCCAGGGAAAGGUCUAAGAAAAAACCUCGAAAUCGGAGCAGGAACAGGUCCAUGUCCCCAUCGAGAAGAAAUAGAGAGUGGAACAAUAGAAGGGGGUGGACUCCGCUGAGUGUGAGUCCCCCCCCUGAAGUUCGUCACGUGUCACCCUCUUGGACACCCCCGAGAAUAAUCGACACUUCUCAUUUGUUAAAUAUUGAAAGUUUAACGGCUGCGAUGAACGCCAAUAAGAAGAAGAAAGAGAAGAAACGAAAAGGAGAUAAAAGAAUCAAAGAGAAUACCGCCACAAUUAGACAGAAGAAAAGGAGGCGGGAAAGAGAGAGAACGCCACCUCCUUCCAAAGAGGUCUUCGCUUCGGGAGAUAAUAUUUUAGUAAGUGUUAGUUUUAAUAAUGAAAACGAAACGAGAGACGUGACCACACGAGAAAGGAGGAAAAAAGAUAUGGAAGAUAUGAACAGGAAGAAGAAGGAAAGGAGACGGAAUAAAAACAGGAGGGACCUUUCUGGAAUCAAACCCGUAGCUAUUAUCGAUUUGGAGCGUUCGCCCUUCAAAGAGAUUACCCCAUCACCAAAAGACGUAAUCGUCCUGACAGAUAGCGAUAAUAACGAUAACGAAGAAGUCAGCAGAAGCGUGCAGAACAACAUCUGCGAUUCCUCGCAACAGGUAGCUAGCCCGGAGCGAAGCAUCAACUAUUCCAUGGGUCCAAAGACACCGCCAGAACCUCAAAUUAAAUUCUCUUUAAGCGCCAAACCACCUCAAGUUCGUGCAAUAAACAAUCCCUUACACGAUCCCGACGACAUGGAAAAUAACGACGAUGUACAGGAAGAGAUUAAUUCCAGGAUCAAUGAAACCUUGCAUAAGGGCCCCAACACUCCGCCCGAGCCGCCAAAUUCACCUCCCAGUUCGCCUGACGUUUACGAUCCGUUUGAACCUACUAAAUCCAGAUCACCUACUCCGGAUCCGUUGCAGACGGUACAGUCAAAUCUGAGUUUGAACGAAAGUACUUUGGAGAGCAGAGCUGCUAUUGAACUGCUGGAAAAAUCCAUAAAUCCGACGAAUCCGGACUUGAUGAAGUCGCUUACGCCUCCAAUCGCAGAUGUACAACCUGCGGACUCACAAAGCAGCAUCCAGGCGACGCCAGAGUCCAACGUCGGGAAAUCUCCGGAAAGGAUAAGUGUCGUUAUUAACCAAACGGUACAACCCUCCAUGUCUACUUCUAAGCCGGUAGCACAGACCACCCCGUUUUCUUCUGUACCUACGUCUUUAAUAACGUCGACACCCGUUUCUUCCAAUUUGGCACCGUCUCGGAUAAACAUCUUGAACUCUACCAUUAUCACGCCUCCUCACGUAGCCUCGUCCGUUCCGCAAAGGAUAAUCCUACCGAAUCAAGUGAAAUCCAGUCCCGUGAAGAUUUUGCCGACCAAAGCCACCAUAAAAUCGACACCCAUCAAACCCAUGCCGAACAAGAAUAAUAAAUCCACCGCCGGGAGAAAGAACUGGGCCCAGAACGGCAGCGGCGAGGACCUCAACUUGGACUUCGACUCCCCUUAUUCCCCCGGUUCGAGCGAUUACGAAGAUCUGUUUGAACCUCCACCGGAAAAUAUCAGUAAAUCCACGACAAAAAGUACAAAUAAAAGUAACGCAAAGUCCCCUCAGAAGCAUCAGUCGGUGUUUGACGCUCUGUUCGGCUCGCCCAGUUACAACAAAUCCAAGACCAGGAACGACAAGAAGUUCGGGAAGAAGUCUUUAUCGUCGGGCAAGACAAAGACGGUCGGCGUUAAGUUGGACGAAGACAAUUUGAAGAUACUGGAUGAAUUGCCCAAUUCGGCAGUUGAGAUGCAAGUUAAGGAUAAGUUCCUUAAGAAAUUGAACAGACAGGAAAGGGUAGUGGAAGAAGUGAAAUUAGUACUGAAGCCUCAUUAUAAUAAGAAAAGGAUAAACAAAGAGGAGUACAAAGACAUUUUAAGAAGAAGCGUACCUAAGAUAUGUCACAAUAAGUCCGGGGAAAUCAACCCGACGAAGAUAAAGAAUCUGAUCGAGGCUUACGUGAAGAAAAUAAGGCACAGCAAGAAAGUAACCUCAUCUAGUUCAAUAAACCCACAAAAGGUAUAGGAUUGGCUUAAUAUUAAAAGAUAGUUUUGUCUAAUUAUGUGUACAUAUUUCUUUAAUUAACUGUAUUGGAGUUAGUAAUGAUUUUAAGUUAUAGCAAAUUAUUAUUUAUAUUUCACUUUUGUGAUUAAUUACGUUAAUUGUAAGAUUUUUAGUAAAUAUACAUGA